UGUUUUCCCAGGAAUUAUAUGGUCACGACCCUGAAGAAGACUUUGUAUUGGAAGCCCCUGGUCAAAUCGUUUCGAUAGUUUUAAUGAGUCUGGCAAUUCUAAUUCUUGUGAUACAAGAAAUGCGUCAAUUCUGGAAAACACAUAGCAGAUUAGAGUAUUUUCUUUCCGGCUAUAAUUGGAUUGAUAUAUCUGCAUUUGUGUUCCCUAUAAUAACGGCCAUUCAAUUGAAGUAUAAAUGGGACUAUUUCAAUGAAGUUUGUAGUGUCAGUACUUUAAUUUUAUGGACACAUGCCAUUUUAAGACUACGUGUGAUAUCGUAUUUUGGUGUCACACUCGAAACCAUUAUUCAGCUUUGUAAGAAUGUCACUUCUGUUCUUUUUAUUAUGCUACUUGUUAUCCUGGCUUUUACACAAGCAUAUAUUGUACUGUUGCGUCUAGAGCCCGAUGAAUACUUUCAAGAGAAUUAUGGUGGUAAUUAUGGUGUUGAUCCCGAUGAUCCGUCUGGUGAAAUUAGCGUUGCCAAUGUCAGCGCUGAUAACGGAUUUCAUAAUUGGUUCAAAGCAUUUUCCCAAGUUUGGUUUUUCAUAUAUGGUGUGUGGGAUCCAUUAAAUGAUGGUGAUGCUGGCGAUAGCAAAUUUCUCAUGUGUAUAUCUAUUCUAUUCUCGCUUAUUACAGUAUUGAUCUUCUUCAAUUUGGUCAUUGCUCUCAUGUCUAGUACUGUCGAAGAAGUGAAAAAGCGGGGUAAAAAAGUUUGGUAAGUCACCAUCAGUUGUAAAUUAAAACUCCAAGAAAUUAAAUGCUCCUCGUAAAUGUUUUUUUUUUUUUUUGCACAUGUAGGGUCAGCCAUUUUGCUGGUAUGUAAAACCAUUGUUAUAUGCAAUCCUGAUGUAUUAAUGUUUUUAUUUUUACGCAUCUAGCUGUUGUUUCAGAAAUUGAAUAUCUUUGGUGCUUAAAUGG